AUGAUUUCUGGGUUAAUUAAUGAGAACCCAACUGUUUACGAGAAAAGCGAGCGUCGUGUUCGAAUCGAAGAUAUCAAAGAUCCAGAGCAUCCUUUAUCUUUGGAACAACUCAGAGUAGUCACAGAAGACUCUGUCGAAGUGGAUGAUGAGAAGAGCCAUGUUAGGGUUACAUUCACUCCAACUAUGGAACAUUGUAGCAUGGCCACUCUUAUCGGUCUUUGUAUCCGAGUGAAGCUUAUGCGAAGCCUUCCUUCUCGAUACAAGAUUGAUAUAAGGGUCGCACCUGGUACUCACGAAACAGAGGAUGCAUUGAAUAAACAGAUAAAUGACAAAGAACGUGUGGCGGCUGCACUAGAGAAUCCAAACCUCGUGGAGGUGGUUGAUGAAUGCCUGCUUCCAUCGUUUGAGUGA